AAUAAUUUGGCAAGAGAACAAACUUGUGACGCUCUAACUUACAUCGAGAAGCCUGUGUUUUCCCGCACACGAACCAAUCACUACUUCGUAAAGUGGCGGGACGGACAUCCUUGUCAAAAGUUGUUUACAAUUUGCUAGCCGAGUGUUUUGUAGUGUUGCUACCGAUGUCAGCUGAAAUUUGCCAUGAGAUUUUCUCAGACGUUUAGGACAAGUGGGUGGCAUUGUCAAUUGUCAACUAAUGGGGGAUUCAUCGCUAGCGCACACCAACAUCAGCUCGUAGUUAGAAGGUCAGAAACCGGCGAAAUUGUUCAGUCCUUUACGUGUGAUGACGCUAUUGAGAAAAUUGCAUGGUCACCGGAUUCUGAAUACUUGCUGUGUGCACUCUACAAGAGAUGCAGAGUGCAGAUAUUUUCCCUUACAGAUUGUGACUGGAGGUGCAGAAUAACAGAAGGCACAAGUGGCCUCAUAGAUGCUUUAUGGUGUCCUGAUAGCAGACACAUUCUGACCAUAGGUGAAUUCUAUGCAUGUGUCAGCAUCUGGUCACUUGUAAACUGUUCUGUCUUGUAUAUACACAAUCUAAAGUCGACAGCCUCUCCUGCUUUGUCAUUUAGUCCUGAUGGCAGUUACCUAGCAGUGAUAGAAGACCAUGGCUCCACAAGCAAGACUUCAUUCUUUGACCCGGCAGCCUGGAAACUGAUUAAGCAUGUCUCGUGCGAUGGCUUUCUGGAUGUUGGUGGAAUGUCUUGGUCCCCUAAUGGCUCAACAUUAUGUUUGUGGGACAAGAAGCUCCAACAGUGUUCUGUGAAACUGUUUUGCAUGGAAACUGGGUCAUGGAUAGGCCAAUAUAAGCACAAUUGUCUUGGUGUCAAAGUUGUUGCAUGGUCACCAUUAGGACAGCUUCUUGCCGUUGGCUGCUGGGAUGGCACUGUGCUGCUGUUGAAUUAUAUAACAUGGGAACCUCUUGUAGUGAUCAAACAUAGCAACGAGCUGAGUGACUCAGGCUGCGCCAUUUACAGGCAACCAGUAGAUAAGGAGAAAACUGAUCUCAGCUAUAGCACUGAAGUAGUAAAAUAUCGCCCAGUGACAGUGAUACCAUUGGCCUGGGACAAGGGAGGUGACAGCUGGAAAAACCGGGGUGUCGGUGUGUUGAACUUCAGUAGCUGUGGCUCAUGGCUGGUGACACGUGAUGACAGCAUGCCUGCUCUUGCAUGGGUAUGGGAUUUGAAUGGCUGCCUUGUCAGUGCUGUCAUCCACAAUGAGCCCAUUACAGGGAUGAUCUGGGAUCCACAGAAAGCAUGUUUGCUGUCAACUACUAACACUUCUACCAUCACCAUUCUAAAUAUCACUAAAGGAGCUAAAUGCAUGACAGUACCCAAUGGAUCAGCUCUUGGAGAAGUUUUAGUGAAGAGGAUAUUGUGUGACCCAUUUGGGCGUUAUGCUGUCCUUGUAGGUAGAACUCGAUUUGUCAUUCUCUAUUCAAAGUAAAUCAUCAAGACACUUGGAGACUCCUUUGUACUGAUGACUGUUUUGACUGAACCGUUAAAGUUCUAUUGAUUAUCUGCAUGAUUUUGACAGUAGAUGGCUUUUGAUAUUCUUGUUGUUAGGGAUUUUAUUUUACUGUUCAGUUUCAGUCGUUUAGUAAGGUGAUACUGUUAUUGAUUUACUUAGUUUUAUGGGUAUCUCGCUUGCAUGUUUUGGCUUGUUCAUGCCUGUUUAAAAGAUAUACUACAUUCUAUUUACAAAGCAGUGUAGGCAAUGUAUGAGUCACUUCAACACAUACAUAGCAAAUGAGUUGUUUGUGUUGUGUCAUUGUUGUAUAUAUUUUUUCUCCAUGAAUCAUGAAACAGAUGGUAUUUACAAAAUUCUGUACAUAUAACAGCAGUAUUGCAAUAACUGUACUCUGUUUUCAAAAAAUAAUUAAUAAGGAAAUUGAUACCUCCUCUAUUUAGUGUUAGAUUGCAAUACAGACGCCAUCCCCUUCGUACAUAAUCUCUGAUUCAUAACAUAAGCAGUAUUGCACUACUAGAAUUGCCACGUAAAAUUAUUUGAAAGAAUACAAAUAUUUUUCAGUUUGAUUCUCUCCCAGGACUGUAUUUCAUUUUUGUUUGUAAUCAAGUACUUCAUCUUACCCAUCCUUUUUAUGUGCUGUUCGUCGCUAAUUUUAGUUAUAUUUUUUAGUUAUAUCUAACAAAUGUUCAAAAUUAAAUUUUUUCAGGGUAUUUUUAACAUCACAUUUUAGUGUUCUAUAUUUUUGUUUAUGUGUAGUCAUUGUGGUAAAUGGUAGUACAUUGGUUCAUUUGAAAUGAUGAUGUUUUUGUUGUGCAUUUUUGGUAAUAAGUUCCUAUAACCUUAAAUUACAUCACUGAUUUUAUGUUAAUAAACAUCAUUUUCUCACUAAAUUAACAAGUAAUAAUCAUUUUUCAUUUCAUACACUUUUAUUAGAAUUGUUUAUAUUACUGUAUUCAAUGAGGCACCUAGUUUAACUGUAAGGAAUGUGAACCUUUGUUGGACAUUUUAUUCUUGCAUUUUUAUAUUUAUGACAUUUUUGUUGAUGCCUGAGAUAAGCUGACUUUUACCUCGUGCAUGUGUUUUAUCAUAUUUCCUGGUAUUAACAAGUGGACCACCCUGUUGCUAAACAUGCCACCAAACAUGAUAUCCUUCAUUUCAGUGACUGCUUCACAGCCUGUGCCAUAUGGAUCCUUCUCACCAACACCAGCUUUUCUGAGUUGUGCAGGUUGAAACUUUCCCUGCAAAACGUCCUACACGUGCGGAGUUGUGUGUGUGUGUGUGUGUGUGUGUGUGUGUGUGUGUGUGUGUGUGUGUGUGUGUGUGUGUGUGUUGUCUAUUUUUGACAUAGGCCUUAAUGGCUGAAAGCUUUAAUAGUGAGAGUUUUUUGUUGUGCCUAUCUGCGACUCAGCAUCGCCGCUAUAUGGUGAGUAGCAACUUUCCUUUUCAUAAUACUGUUAUUGCCAUCCUGGAUUUUCCAUUGUUUGAUUCCUGGUAUUUUCAUUGAGAUGUCUAGAAACCCUUCAGUUUUGGAGAACAAUAGGGGAGCAAGUAAUAUUUGGAUAUAUUUUAUCACUAUAUUCACUGAAUACACCAUAUCUAUUUGUCAAACUAAUAUUUAUAUUUGAUAUGCUUCGAAAUCUUACAUUUCCACGCCUUACUAACUUUCUCAAUUCCUUUCUUUGAGUGGAUCCAUGUUUCCAUAUCAAAAGCAAAAUUUUGUUUUGCGCUCAACUCAAGAUUACCUCAUUUGUGAUUUUUCCCAGAUUUUUCACAAUUUCUCAUAUCCAGUGACAUCAAUCCGCUUAUUGGUAUGCUCUAGUUAUCUAAUAUUUUGAAAAAUCUCUUCUGAUAAAACUAUGGUAAUAUUAGUGUUAUAGUCCUUAUUUUUUACUUUUACUCUUAAUGAUCUUCAUUAACACUUAGAGGACUGAGUGUGAGUGUGGACGCUCAACUGGCUGGUACUGAGCAAUUUCACAAUUUUUCUGAAUUUUCUACAGCAGAUUCUAUACCACAGAAAAUAGAUUGGUCUUUUGCAUUUAACAACUAUGUCCAUUCCCUUCAGAGUACUGCAAAGAAAUAAACAUUUAUGUUAGUGACAAGGGUUGUAUAUUAAUUUGAGAGUAUGCUGUUUUCACAGUGAAAAAAAAUUUUUUUUAGGGUUUAGGGCCUCUAAGGGACAUAGGAAUGAAGUUGUUGGUUUUAAAUGAAUAACUGUUGAAAUAGGAACUUUUAUUUUAUUAAUAAUUACACAGUUACAUUGGCUUUUGUAUGAAAUAUUUCGAAACAUUUUGGAAAACAAAGCCCUGCGUCACAGGUUUCAUAAUAAUAUCGCAUGUCUUUCCUUGAAACUUUAACAUAUCUGGCCUUGCUUGUUUCUGCGCAUACUUUGCACCUUCUCUGAGGUCACUUAGACAAUUUUGUGGGUGGAAUUAAUUGUGGAAAAUGUCUUCCACUUGGUCUGUUGAUGGGUGAACUAUUCUGAGAAGUCCAUGAGUCUAAGAGGCCACCUUUGUGAACCAAGUUCUCUGCUAACUCUGUAAUGUAUUCAACCAGAUGUUUGCUUGUAUUUCACAACAUUUUGUACAAAAGUAUGAAUUUACAGUCAUGAGCCUGAAAAUGUGAAAGAAAACUUUUUUCCACCACUUUAUUUGUUUUCGUUCAAAAGGAUAGUACAACAUUAGCUGGUCGCUAUCAUCCACACCAGCUUUUAUACUAUUGUAGUCCAAAACACAGUCUGGCUUCAUUUUUUCCACCAUUCCAAUUUUAGUUUUUACACUGACAUUUGUUGCCAUCAUUUUAUGUUUUGUUGUCAAAAGAAAAACGUCUCUGUUGCCCUUCCAUUUUACAAACAGUAAGUGAUCUCGUCUGCGAAACGAAAGUUCACUUUUUUUUUCUUUUUUUUUUCUUUUUUUUUUUCUUUUCAGUUUCUGGCCAACAAGAUCCUUUUCUAUUUUUCUGCACAGUGCCAACUGCUUUAGUUCUUUUCCCCCACAAAUAAUCCAGUAAAUCAGGGCUGGUGUAAAAUCGGUCCAUGUAUAAUCUGUGAUCUUUAUUGUGAAACGAAUGACACAAUCUGUCUACAAUGUGUAAGAUGCUGUUAUCAGCAUUAGACUGUUUCCCAGAAUAAAUUUCACAGUUAAGGACGUACCCACUUUCACAUAGCAUAAACAAAUUUUACGCCAUGUUUAUUAGGCUUAUUUUUCAUAUACACUCUAAAACUCAGUCUGCCACAAAAAGGGCAAAUUCCUUCAUCUAUAGUAAUGUUUUUGCCUGGCUUGUAAGCCUUUCCACUUUGGGUCACGCAUCUGUCGAAUAUAAGUCUUACCUUAUGAAUAGGAUCGUGACCUACCUGGUUUUUAGGAAUGUAUGUCACGUUAUCUACGAGAUGUAACAUUAGUAGAAUUGACAAAAAUCUAUCUCUUGGCAGACACUUUGCCGCAAAUGAGGACUGCAACAUGGGAUUUGUUGACCAGUAGUCAGACACUUUGGUUUCUUGACUAGGCACAUAUGCAAAAUAAUACCAAAAAAUUUAUACAGUUCACUGAGUUUCACUGUUGUCCACUUAUGCCACACUGACUGAGGCUUCAGUUUUCCUGUAGCACUUAGUGUCUCUAUUGUCAUUCUAGUGUAGCAGUUUGUCUCUCGUUUGAUCAGUCUCACCAGUUCUUCAUCUAAAAAGUACAUGAAACAAUCAAACACUGAGGAAUGUUGGUCAAUCCCAUCGUGAAUUCCACAGGAUUCAGAAAAAAAAGGAAGCUGGGGAGUGAUUGUAUUGUCAUCUGUCCACUGGCCAUAAGAAUAUGGCAAAUUGCAAUGACCAGUUGUGUUUGUUGUGACAACGAUGUCAACAGCAUCAUCUUCAAGUCUUCCUGAAAGUUCACCGUCCGAGGGAUCAUUUUCAUCUAUAAGAAAAUUCGUAAAACUAUCUUUUUUCUGAUCAGGAAUAAACCACAUAAUUACGGAACAUUUGGACAAAAAAUAGCUUACCAUCACUAAUGCCAAAAUCUGCAAUGUCUUCAUCUAAUUAUGAACCACUAUUGUUAAAAAAAAACUCUAUUUCUUCGUCUCGCAAGACCAUGACGAAAAUAAUGCGCAAAGCUAUCAGCCGACAACCAUCUAAAGUUUCAAACUACUGCGCGCCUGUUGUAAGUCGAGCGUGAGCGCGGCGAAGCAAAUGACUCAAAAUAUACUCCUGUACCACCUCCAACAGUGACAUAUGCUGCCAUAUAUAAUUUUUUCUUGGUACUAGGAUAAGCAGAGAGAACUUUUAAACCUACAGAAUAUGAAAGUAAUGUGCUGGGAGUCAUUAACAUCGCUGAUAAUCGGCCGACGUAGGAGCUACGUCGAUCGUCUUUUGGGGUACUGUCAGACCGAAGUAGGAGCUACAUCGCUUGUCUCGAAAGUGUUAAAUCUUGUGCAAAAUCAUAUCUUUUGCACUGGAUUUCCACUUAAAUGUUUAAAAUAAAACAUUAUUAUGAUAAGGAUAGGUUGCUACUCACUGUGAAAAUGACAAGUUGAGUUGCAGACAGACACCAUGAAAAGAUUAUUACACAUUGAGCUUUCAACUGAAGCCUCCUGUAGAAAAGAAUCACACAAAUCACUGAAGUAAGCACACCCAAAGCACACAUGACUGCAUUAUCUGACCUCUCAGGGCCAGCCAGGGUGGCCGAGCGGUUCUAGGCGCUUCAGUUUGGAACCGCACGGCUGCUAUGGUCGCAGGUUUGAAUCCUGCCUCGGGCAUGGAUGUGUGUGAUGCCCUUAGGUUAGUUAGGUUUAAGUGGUUCUAAGUUCUAGGGGACUAAUGACAUCCAAUGUUAAGUCCCAUAGUGCUCAGAGCCGUCUGACCUCUCAGGCCAAAUUGCAACUGCUGCAUAGGACAAAAACAGCAAUCUGGUAUGGGGCAGAGAAGUGGGAGGAAUAGCAUGGUAAGAGUGUGAGAAGAGAAGAGCGCUGUCUGGCUAACCAUGCAGGGACUAGAAGAUGGCAGGAUAGGGGUACCAGGCACAGUGUCAGGAGGCUGGGAUGGAAAAGGGGGGCAGCAGAGAGGGGAAGAGACUUUGUGACAAAGCAAGCUGGGAUAUUUUUACUUCCCUUUGUGUUUUGCCAUCUGCCUCCUUAAAUUCAUUAGUUUUAAUUAAUUACCUUUAACAUACAAUCAAACAAUGGAAAAUCCAGGAUGGAAUGUAAGAAUAUUAGGGAAGGGACGUUGCUACUCGCCAUAUAGCAGCGAUGCUGAGUCACGAUAGGCACAACAAAAAGAUUCACUCAAUUAAAGCUUUCGGCCAUUAAGGCCUUUGUCAGAAGUAUGUAUGAAAUUGAUUGUCUAAUUUAUUUCGGCUAUGCCUAGUUAGUAACUUUUGUUAUAAGGUGAAAUCAGUUAUUGUUUUGUAACUUAAAUAUUAUUUUUAUUUAUUUUAUUUAUUUAUUUAUUUAUUUAUUUAUUUAACCUGGCAAGAUUAGGGCCAUCAGGCCCUCUCUUACAUCUAACCAGGUAUUCUACUUAUUUUACAUUCAUAUGUUUUAGUAGGCAUGUUAAACUACAUCUAAUACAAAAAGUGAAAUACACAAUUACAAAGGCACGUUUGGAAAAAUACAUACAUAUAGAGUUUAUAUUUGUAGAUGAUAAGUGCUGUUAUAAUUAGACAUUAUGAAAGAGACAGAUUUUAGAUAGGAGUGCUAGCAACAGGGAGACUGAUGGUGAACGGAGGAGAACAUAAUUAAGGAAAUAUAAAGGAAAAGAAGAUUGUGUGGCUAAUAGAGAUAGAUGAAGAGGAAGAAGAAAAAGGACCAAGAUAGGAGACACUAGCUUUUCUGUUUGCCAGAGAAGAGGAUUGGCCUUGUACAUUAAUUUUGUGGAAAGCGUUAUGAGGAUGAUAGUAGGAAAUGUUUCAACUUCUUAAAAGCAGCAGGGGAUUGAAUUUUGCACAAGGUAAGGCACUGUUAGGAUACCAAAUAAGAGUGACAUCGUGUUUUGAUUAUGAUGGCAUGAAAGGUGUUUAAUCUCUGAAGCAAGGUACUGGGGUCCUUGCGCGACAA